GUUUUCUCCACACUAUCACCGUCGAAGACGAACGUUAGGAAGCCGGAUUCAAUGGCCGAUACCGAAUGAGGUUCUACCACGUUUAAACGUCUCCAAUGUUUUCCAUCUUUGUUCCAGUAUGACCGGUCGCGUGCUCUGAUGGAUCAAAUCUGGCACUACUGAGGCUCUCGUCCAUGGAUGGCCUGUUGAGCCAUCCUAAUAUCACCCCCUACAAUCUGCGAUUUUAAUAGAAACAUCGCAAUGACGUCCACUCCAGCGACAACGUACGCAAGUACAUUUGAAAUCAUAUCUUCUCUUCGUUAUGACCCUGCGAUUCCGAAUGCGAUCGGCGAAAGUGCUUCAGACUCCCAUCUCCUAACUACGCCCUACUACCUUUUACCUUUCCACCAGGAUCGGCUUCUUAACGCGGCAAAAUGUUUCAAAUGGAAAAAGGCGACUGAAUUUUUAGAGCAGGAUCUGGCUCAGUUCGCUCAAUUCCUGGAUACAUUCAUACCGAACAAAGCGGAAGCAUGGCGUCUUCGUAUUGUUAUUGACAGCAGCGGAGCUUGCAAGGUCGAGGCUCAUAAAGCAGCAACAAUUAACCCCCUGACCCUUCUCAUCCCUUCCAAGGAGAUCUCGCACCCAAAUAUAUGGCAUGUACGUGUUGAUUCGGAGGUUACAACACCUUCGGCCUUUACUACGCAUAAGACUACGGCACGUGGGGACUAUACAGCGGCGCGGCAUCGGGCGGGGAUCCUUUCGCCACAGGAGCAAGUAGAGGUACUUGUUGUGAAUCCGAACGACGAAAUCAUGGAAGGGAGUAUUACAACCCCAUAUUUCAGGCGGCGCAAACCUGGGUUCGAGAAGGACAGCGCUAGCAAAGGGGCCGGGCCAGAAUGGAUCACACCACCACUUUCAAGUGGCGGCAACGCAGGCACAACAAGAAGAUACGCCCUGGCACAAGGGUUCUGUACGGAGGAGGUGGUCACAGUGGCAGAUUUAAAGGAUGGUGAGGAAUGCUGGCUCAGUAACGGUGUCAGAGGCUUUAUCCCUGGUAGAAUUGAACUGGCUGGCCCGAAGGAGUCGAAAAGCGUCCCAUUACCGCGGUAAUAUGGGGAACCAUAUCAUCCCAAACCCGAGCAAAGUUUCAAAUUUCCUUUGAAGUUGGCACUUAGUGUUCCUUUACAGGGUCUAUAAUGAGGAAAAUGCG